UCCUACACGAGGCUGUGCAACAAGAAGCAAAUACUGACAGUGAACGGGGAAUUCCCAGGGCCAACUCUGUAUGUUCACAGGGGAGACACGAUCAUUGUGGAGGUUAUUAACAAUAGCCCACAUAACGUAACCCUUCAUUGGCAUGGAGUACUCCAACCUAGGAAUCCAUGGACAGAUGGUCCUGUGUACAUCACUCAAUGCCCGAUCCAGCCAGGAAGGAAGUUCAAUCAAAGAGUGGAAUUCAGCACGGAGGAAGGCACUUUGUGGUGGCAUGCUCACAGCGAGUGGACAUGA